AUGCACUACCUCGGCUCUCCCAUCUUUCCGACCUCCGUGGGCAGACGUGGAGGGCAGCGUCGCAAUUUUCACAUCGCCGUGCCCGUCGCAUCGUCUUGCCCGGGGAACAAAGGAACAAAGGACCGUAUCACUGUGCUCAUCCCAGCGGCCUGUCAGGUUGUGGAGCUGGAAGGCAAAGACUACUACGUCAGCACCAGUAAACUCAACUGGAAAGAUGCAAGUGAUUCCUGUCGAGCAAUGGGGGCCAAGUUAGCAGAACCGAAAACCGAGAAAGAGAAUAACCUGAUCCAAGGAUAUUUGGUAGUACAUGCAGACUGUGAGUCUUACUACUUCGGUCUCUCGAGUUCGGAUGGACAGACGUUCCUAUUCCAGGACGAUCCAUUAACGUACUAUGGAGGUUGGGGGUCGGGGCAGCCGAGACAACUCAAUUCCGCUGUAGCGUAUGCCAAGUACCAGUGCAGCACGUACACGUGGAGCGUCAAUGACGGAACCGCAAGAAUUCGUUAUAUCUGUGAAAUGCUGGAUCCGACAACGACGACAUCUACAACAACAACACCAACACCGACUUCAGCUCCGACAGCAACACGGUCCACCAUGGACGACACAACACCGUUGGUGAAUGCAAGCAACAACGGGACGCUCCAAAACGUCUCCACAACAUCGCAGUCGGCCAUAAAUUGGAAAUCAGGUGCAUGUCCCCUGGUCUUUAAGGCAGUGUCAUUAACGACCCUGACAACGCUCUUAUGCAUCGUAUUUGGUCUCGAGGCACAUUUCUGAACGUGUAGCGCUUUCUCGAGACCAAUACUACCACUUUACAUUUUACAUCGUCGAUUAACUUGAGUAUUAUAUGUCCAUUCUAACAUGAUAAAUAUCAUUCACUGAACGCAACCAUUACGUACUUUUAAGUCUGGUUUGAAUUAACUGACUGACUGACUGAGUUUGGUUUUACGCCGCUUUUAGCAAUAUUCCAGCAACAUCACGGCGGGGAACACCAGAAAUGGGCUUCACACAUUGUACCCAUGAGGGGAUUCGAACGAGCCAACGCUUUAACCACUAGGCUACCCCACCGCCCCGGUUUGAAUUAAUACAUCGACAGUUGCCAAAUAUGGUUUCGCUGUAAUGGCGAUAAAACAUGCAAUCUGAUGUGUGCACUUUGCAUAGACACUUACAUAGUACACAGGGUUUAAAGGCACGAUAUCACACAACACUUCUCUAAAAAUAAACUCAACAAGACUAAGUAACAGCCAUCAGGGAAGCAACCAUAUAAUUUAUUCAAAAAAGAAUUACGUAUUUAGAUUACAAUAUUAAAUUAAAAAGUUCGA